CGUCUUACCUUUACCAAUCACCAACCCAACUCACCAACACUACAACAUCAAAAUGGUCUGCUGCGGACGUAACAACGGCACCUGCGUGUGCGCUCAAGAGGCAAAGUGCUCCUGUGGAAAGCAGCCCGCUCUUCAAUGCACUUGCGAGAAGGCUGUUACUGAGAACAAGCUUCCCUCCGACUCCUCAGCAUGUGCCUGCGGAAAGCGAACUGAAGAUGCGUGCAACUGCGGUCGCGCCGACAACAACGGUACCUCCAACCUCGAGACCGACUUCACUACCCAGAAGUAAAUGGCUAGGAAUGGUGGAUGUGUGAUGGCGUACGAUGAUGAUGCAUUUGAAGCGCGGGGAUACCGAAGUGACAUGGGAGGGUGUUUUUGGCGUUUGAUAUUGGCCUGAGUGGAUAUACCUGAUACCAAUAAAUGACAAUCUUCAAGUUCAGAAUUGUGCCAUAAUGUCUUUAGCGCAAUGUAAGAAGUGCU